AUGGCCAUGGACGACGCCGCCACUUGGGGUCAUUUGGACGUCGUCGAGUUCCUCCAAACCAACCACACCGAAGGCUGCACGGUCGAUGCGCUGGAUGGCGCCAUCACCCAUGGUCAUCUGGAUGUCGCUCGCUUUCUAAUGGAGCAUCGAUCCGAGGGUGCAUCGCCCAACAUUCUCGACCUCGCUGCUGCCAACGGUCACCUUGACGUCGUAAAGUACCUUCAUUCUCUUGGCUCAUUUGGUUGCACCGUCGCCGCCGUCGACAAGGCUGCCAGCAAUGGUCAUUUGAAGGUCGCCACGUUUCUCUUGACCAACCGAAAUGCAGGCUGCACUCGCGACAUGGUCGUCCGCUACGCUCUUAAAAGAGGGCAUGAGCGUACGACAGAGUACCUCCUCUCGCUUGGGCCUGAGAUGCGUGGCGUCGUCCAGCGUCUCCUCGCACGCGGUAUGCCCUGUGAUCCACGCUGGAUCGCCCAAGCCAGCGCUGUCAACAACGUGCCACUCGUUCGCUUUCUCCAUGAGCAUCCCAACCACUCCUGCCACCCCGAAGCGAUGCAGGCGGCGAUCGUGAACGAGGCGUGGGACGUCGUGGACUUUCUCUUGGCCCACUGCACGGCCAAAGUCGCGGUCGAUGCGCUCCGGGCGGCACUGAGUUUCAGUAACCUCGAUGUCUCGGUGCGCAUGCUCCAGCGCCACCCAGAGCUCCGAAAUGACAACCUUCUGGCUUUGGCGAUUCACAGCCACGACAUCAAGGUGACUGGGUAUCUUCUUGCUGCGGGCAUUGGCAAGCCGCGCGAGUGCCUCAUUGAGAUUGUGGGUCGUCGCAACUACGUGACGAUGAGCAACCUACUGCUGCCGUACUGCAUGGGUGCGACCGACCACAUUGGCAACGUCACCUUUCUUUUGGACCUGCUCGAACUGCCCGACAGCCGCCGUGCCCGCCGCCGUGCAACGACCCUCCAGCUGAUCAGCCCGAGCUCAUGUUCCAAGGAAGAAAGGCCUGUCAAACGAUCCAGCUUUCUCCCAGCGUGGUGGCGCGAGCAACAAGUUUGA